GACUGAAUCGGGCGUCUGACAUUAUCGUCGUGCAAGAGAACAAACAAACGCAACAAGUUAACAACCCUUGCAGCAACAAAUGUAAUCCAGGCGCACUGUGUCUGCUCAACUCACCCACCAGCCGCACCUGUGCUUCACCAUGUCAAUGACAUCGACUGUGGUGGGCUCGAAUGUGACUUGCCAACCGCCUGUUUGUGGAUUAGAUUGUAAUGCGGGCAAGUGUAUCAUCAACGAUCGGGGAAUGGCCAGCUGUAAAUGCCCUUCACUCUACGAAGGUGAUCGGUGUGAGCGUUAUCGCUGUUCCGGCUAUUGUCGCAACAAGGGCGUUUGUUACCCAGAUUUACUCGUAUCAGACCCGCCGCCAUUGAAAUGUAGCUGCACACCCGAGUGGACGGGAGAGCGAUGCGAAACGCGUGCGACAGCUUGCGAAGACCGUUGCCAGAACGGAGGCUCAUGCAUCCACGCAAGUGGAACAUCGUGUUCAUGUCCACCUGGUUUCUCCGGCGAAUUCUGCGAAAAUUGCCCAUCACUGAAUUGCUUGCACGGCGCUUUCUGUCGAGCCAUAGAGAAAGAAACGAAGAACAAAGAGAAAGCAAACCGCGAUAAGAACAGCGAAAAUGACAAGGAAAGGAACUUCGUCUGUUCUUGUCCGCCCGGAUUCUCUGGCGAACGAUGCGAGCGUUCCGAAUGUGAUGACAACUGCCCUCAGAGUGAAUGUACCAUGAACGAAUUAGGAGUUCCGCAAUGUCUAUGUGCUCCCGGCUUUACUGGAAAGAAGUGCGACAAUGACGUCUGUGCCGAUUUCUGUUUGAACGGUGGUGAGUGCUUGCGUGGCGCGAAAAAGAUCACGUGUCACUGCCAUCAGGGUUAUACGGGUAAACGGUGCGAGACCCGUAUCGAAUGCGCCGAUCCAUCGGAAUGCAGCGGCGACAAGUCAAACGCAACGUCCGUCGUCUGUAACGGUGUCGACUGCCUCAACGGUGGCACUUGUGUUCCUAUAAGAGGACAGGCUUUCUGCCGCUGUGCGGGCGAUUGGGCGGGAUUGCACUGCGAAGUCUACCGAGGCGAUUACAACGCUUGCAAAGCCAUGUGUAUUAACGGCGGUGUUUGCGUCUCGACUAAGGCAUUGAGUGUUCCUCGUUGCGAAUGCUUAGCCGAUUGGACAGGUCCGCGCUGCGAGUAUCGCAAGUCUUGUCUUAACUAUUGUUUCAACGGAGGAACUUGUUCUCUCAAUCCCGAUGAAGAUCUCAAACCCACUUGCGUUUGCCAAGAGGGGUUCUAUGGCGUACGCUGCCAGACGCUAGGCAGUGAUAUAAACAAUUCCAGUAGUCAAUCAAGCAGCGGCAAAUCGUCAAUUAAUGGCACAGUUACCGCCAUUGUCGUUGUCUUGGUCAUCAUUGCCGUCCUGGUCGCAGCGGCCAUAGCAGCAAUAACCGUCAUGCGAAAGCGACGAAGGGGGAAGCCUUUUAUGCACGUAAGGAUGCAGAGUCAAGAAAACGUAGAAAUAAGCAACCCGAUGUAUCUUAGAGAGGAUGCUGACGAAGAUGUCGAGUCUUUAGAUCCCACCUUUGUGAUUCCUAGCAAUAAGGCGACCAACUUUGCUAAUCCUGUCUACGAGUCGAUGUACAACGACGCAGCGGCGGGCAGUAGCGUCAACGAGGAAAAGAAAGGAUUACUUCACAGUGAACCGUCACAUCCCCUUGAGCCCCAUAAGAAUCAUCCUUUGGCCGAAAAUAGCGAAUCUUUUACCUAAAUAUGUUUUUUUUUAUUAUUAUUUUUUUUUUUCAUACUCUUUCUGGCAGCCAUUGGAUUCGUCAACGACAAAGCCACCAUCCAAAUAUAUAGGCCAGCUUUGUCGAGCUGAAAUUAGUUUGUGGCUGGUCACACCUGUUCAGAAGGAGAUGAUCUCCAUUAUUAAGAAUAAUUUGACCGUCACGCUGACUGCGUUUCUGAUAAUUUUAUUAUUAUUACUUUUUUUUUCCUUCAAAUUGCACGAUGUUCAAGUUGUUGGCGCCAGUUGUGCUUCGUCAAUGAAGCUUUGGCGAUGUCGUCAGCUGCUCAAAACUAUACAUGAAUUGUAUCAUAUUUUUUUCGCAUAACUGGACAGCAUAUUAUUUGGCUAAUGUGAUAUCUCUUUUGUCAAUUUCACGGAUGCUCUGCAGGCACCUCGGGUGACAUUGGGCACACCAAGUGGAACUUUACUCAUCCUUUUACCAGACACAUUAAAAAAAAAAUUAUCACUUUCGCUUUGAUUUGAUUUUCGUUUUCAAGUGCAAGCGAACAGGCUUCUUUGGAUCAUCUGGUCCAAUUUGCCUUGUUUUCGGAAUGUAACAUGACGUGUUUUGAGUUGAACGAGUUCCGUAAACAGUUGUGUUUGUAGUUCUUGAUCAUCUCCUUGUAAUCAUGCUCUCUGGAUUUAUACAACUUUGUACCGAUCAAUACACAAACAAAACAAAAA